AUGACAGAAAACAUUCCUCCUCAACUUCCGCCCGCAUCUGCUCCUACAGCAGCAGCAGAUAUUCCCGGACAACCCUUCUACGAACGAACGCGCCUACACCUCAAAGACCUCCUCCACAAGAAACGGCAGCUCGAGCGGUCUCUUGCCACGACUGAGGAAACUAUACUUAAUAAAGAGACUGAAUAUUUAGAAGAUACGCCAGCUGGGAAUAUUAUUGUGGGAUUCGAGAACUACACGAAGAAUGUGGGUGUAGGAGGUGGAGGAAGGAGGGGCAGAGGCCUUGGAGAUGGAGAGGGUGGAAGAGUGUUUACGAGGAGUAGUGUUACUUUCAGGGGUGGUGAUGAUUCUCCCAGUAAUACGGCACAAUCUACGCCUAUGGCAGCGAUGGCCCCUACCCCGCUGAGUACAAGUUUUGCAAAGGGCGACGGUGCCUCAAAUCAUGCCACACCUACGAGCGCCACAUCGGCCUCGAGGACGGGCAAUGGAGCUGGGAAGAAGAACAAAAAGAAUGAUGAUAGUGAUGGGGAAGGCAAUGGAAAUGGAAGAGACGUCAAGAAAGUUAGGACAAACUUUGGUGCUGUAAGAAAAUGA